AUGGAGGAAAUCGAAGAUGAUGUUCGCCAGGACAGGUCAAUUGUACAGGUUGUGAUUGACUACCUACUUCUCCCUCUUCGUAUCGCGACAUCGCCCGCUCUGCUACGAACCUACCUCCGCACCGCCCUUUUCUUCAUCGCAUCCACCAUCCUCUUCGGCUUUGCCGUCGUAGCCUACUCCUCCUUCUACUACGCCUACAUCCCCGUCCGCGGCAUCGUCGUACCCGUCUAUCUCCAAUACGACCACGCUCCCCACUCUCUCCACGCACCCACACAAGUCAGCAGCGUUGUGCCAACCGUCAAACCAGCAGCAGCAAAAUGGCCCUACGGCCUCGCCAACAUCCCCGGACUAGUCGCCCGCCAAAAAUACGACGUAGUCGUUGAACUCGACCUACCUAGAAGCGAAACCAAUCUUCGCGCUGGGAAUUGGAUGGUCGGACUCGAAUUCCGCGGCCCUACGACACGCGGGCAGGGUGUAAAACAUAUGCUAGGCUGGGAUGAGGAGUGGAAUGUUGAAGAUCACAGUCAAGGCGGUGUGCCGGGGACUACGGCUGAGAAGAAUGUUGUUGUAGACGAUACUACUACUACGACGACGACGACAACUCAGACUCCGACGGUGCUUGCAAGGAGUAAGAGACCGGCGAUAUUAACGUACCGGAGUCGUGUGCUCGAAAUGAUGUAUCGCCUCAUGCGUCUUCCGUUGUAUUUGCUGGGGUGGCACAAGGAAUCUGAACACGUGAGGAUUAAAAUGAUGGAAUCCGUCAUGUUUGAGUCUGGAUACCGUAAUAUCCCUUCUAGUUUGCGUCUGGAGCUUCGCUCGAAACUUCCCCUAGAGGUCUAUCGUGCUAGUGUGCACAUGACCGCGCGGCUCGAGGGGAUACGGUGGCUCAUGUAUCGGUACCGGAUCCUCGCUGCUGCACUUGGAAUUCUGGGGUUUUGGGGGGUGGAAAUGGGGGUGCUGCUGUUUACGUGGGGGGCGUUUACGCUGCUUACCUCUUCGCUUUCAUCUUCCUCGCGUGAUGGAGAUGGGGAUGGGGAUGGGGAGGAAGGUAAGAAGGAAGAGAGGAGGAAAGUUGAGGCAGGGGAAACGGAUCCAGGGACGCCGUUUAGUGAGACUAGUCGUGUUUUUCCCACGUUGCCGUCGCAGUAUCCACUUUCGUAUAGUUCGUCGGGUGGUGGCGGUGGUGUUAAGCGGGAAGAUGGUGAGGUAUCGUUGAAGGAUAUUCCUGUCAAAGAAGAGGCCGAGGCGGAUGAUGAGGAUGAGGAUUUUCUACUUGAAGUACCGCUUCCGGUGGGCGUGGAGAGGGAGGCGGUAUUUACGGAUUCUGGGUUAGGUACGGGGUUGGAGAGUGGGAUUGAGAGGGGGAGUGCAAGAAGGAGGGGGGUAAAAGGGGAGUAG